AUGGCAUUAUAUGAUCAAUUGCAGCCGGACGAGUAUGAAGCAUUGCGAUAUGCUUUCCGGGUUGACCUCACAAAAGACUUCAUUGGAAAGCCAGCGCUGUUGAAACAACUUGAACGAGGCGUAUCGAAACGAUUUGUUCAACUACUAGUAGAUAACCAUGAUAAGGAGUUGGAUCCAUGGCCUCAGGGAGGAGAAACCUUGUUCAGGUUAGCUUUUAUUCGUUUGCUUUAAUU